AUGGUUGAGAUCUUGGGUUCAAGAGGCGUUAUUGAUAUGGGGAUUAGCAAUGAAGCUACAGUGGCUGAAGCUGUUCUCGGUGUAAGACGUAGAAGAAGGCAUCGUACUGAGUUGUUAAAUGCCAUUGAGUCUGAGAUGGUUGCAGUUAAAGAGAGGUUGCGGGAAAAUGUGGAAGAUAUUACACCCAAGUAUGCUUUUAUUACAUGGUUAGCCAUGUUGGAUAGGCUAACAACUAUGGACAGGGUUGCGAGAUGGAUCGUGUUGAUGUUACUUGUGCUCUUUGUAAAAAUGCUGCAGAGUCCCUCUGAUAGAGAUAAGAAGAGAUCCUUUUGUUUGAGAUAUGGCUUUCAAACCAUCAUCUAUGUGAUAUGGCGUGAAAGGAAUAAGAUUACGCAUGGAGAAAGCCCAUUGCCUAUGAAUGCAGUGAAGAAGCUUAUUGAUAAGGGAGUUAGGAACAAGUUAAGCCUACUGAGAUCAAGAGGAGGUAAGGGUAUGGAAUCUGCCCUUCAAUAUUGGUUUAGCACAAGGACAUGA